CAUUCCGAUUCAUUGGUCGGCGGGUGUAAAGUUGUGAAAUGUCGCGCCAAGUGCUGAUUCUAUUGUGACAGUUUUUUGCCUCUCCUUCGAUCCGUUCUCUGAUGGGCGUUUGAUAGGAUUUUUUUUUUCGCUCGCUGAUGCCGCAGGUCAAACUCGAAAAUUAUCCUCUUUGUAUUCACCGCGAGUGUCAAGUGCACAUGAAAAAAGCAGACCGUCGCCUCGAGUUCAUGUCGCGUGCAGUGCAGAAACCAUAGAAGAGUAAAAAAACCAGAAGAACGGAAUCCUAGGUGACAGGCCCAUUGUAUCGGGCAGAACCUCACGGGUGUUACACCCCUCGGCGAGAAGAAAAAGUGCAAUGCAGUGACGUUAGUUCCCGUGCCCACCGGAAAAGUAUUGAUGAAUUGUGUAGAAGUGAUGCCGAUUUAAAAUCUAUUUACUAACAUCUUCGAAGGAAGGUGUCACCUGCCACCUGUGCUCCCCCGGACCAACCGGCAGCAGGCAGUCAGUGCGGAACCAACCGAAGUGCAGUGAUAUCUUCAGCCAAAGGAGGACAACGAAAAUAGAGUUUACAUCCCGCAAAACGGUCUGAACGGAUACGCGCCUACGAGAGAUCCAAGCCUAAUCCAAGCGCUGCCGCGGGUGUGUUAGGUGCCAGCAAACAUGAUGGAUCGGAUACCGUCACUGUCGAUACCGGGCUUAUCGCUGUCCCAUCCGCUGUCGAUACCGACCUCGCAGAGUCUCACGAAUCAAUCAUCGCACGCCGCACUGAAUUCGCUUAAUCUGCACAGCCAGAAUCUGCACGCCGCGUCAUCUGUGAACGCCCUGCACGGUUCCCAGAGCGGUUCGACGACGGCGGCCCAUGCGGUCGCGGCCGCCGCCAACCUGCACCAGAAUGUCGGUGGUCUGCUGAACGGAACCGCCAACAGCAACGGUUCUCCCUACUAUUACAGCCUGCUGGGGCAGACCAUGAUGAAGAAACCCGCCGAGGAACACAUCAAACGCCCGAUGAAUGCCUUCAUGGUGUGGUCCCGACUGCAACGGCGGAAGAUCGCCCAGGACAACCCGAAAAUGCACAACUCAGAGAUCUCCAAGCGGCUCGGAGCCGAGUGGAAGCUGCUGACCGAGGACGAAAAGCGACCAUUCAUCGACGAAGCGAAAAGGCUCCGAGCGAUGCACAUGAAAGAGCACCCGGAUUACAAGUACCGUCCGAGGAGGAAACCGAAGCCAAUCCGCCGCGAUGGUUAUCCCUAUCCGAUGACGUAUCCCUCCGUGCCGGUCGACGCCCUGCGAGCAGGAAUCACACCCAGCUACUUUGCGCCCGGUGCUCCGUACCACUUAGGAAGUCAUCUGUCACAAGCUAGUCCUCCCACGACCCAGUCGUCAAUUUCCUCCCAGAUGGACGUUUCGAAAUUUGCCCUGGAUCGCAGUGCGUACUUGAAUACGGCGGCCGCCGGUGCUCUAUACGACACUACCAAAUCGCAAGCCAAUCCCUACAGCGCCUACCUCGACCCGACGACCGUGCUAACCAAGGCGUACUUUGAUUCGAAAAUGUACCAGGAUCGAGCAACGGCAGCCGCCAAUUAUGCGUUUGACAUCUCCAAGAUCUAUGGCUCCCAGCAGCAACAGCAACAGCAGCAGCAACAACAGCAGCAGCAGGCGCAAUCCCAGGCACAGCAACAAGCGCAUCAACAGCAGCAGCAUCAGCUGCAUCAUCAACACCAAUUGAACGGGGAUGACCGUGAACCAACGCCACAGCUGAGCGAUGUCAAUGUUGACAUAAAACCACAGCUUGGUGAACAGGUGGACAGCUCACCGUUGCAUAGUAACAGCUAUGGUAUCAACAGUGCUAACCUUCUGGGCGGUGGUACUGCAGGUCUGUAUCAGUAUGCUGGAGCAGGUCAAACCGGUGCCGGCGGUGUCGGUAGCUCCGGAAGCGGUGGUGGAGGAGCCGGCGACUAUCGCCGCCCGCUGACGGUUAUAUUUUGACCAAACUCGGAAGUGAUGGACGACAGAGAUUAUUAAAUUGGUAGAAUUUAGGCACUACAAAACAAUGGAUCAACGAUCGCAAAUUACUGUUUAGAUUCUUAUUGAUAUUAUCAUUAUUAUUGUCAGUAUAAGAUGUUAUUAUUUUUAUGCAUCCGUUCACUGUGAAAUGUUGGGUUGCCAAAACCGUUGUACAACUACCUGCAUUGGAAACGCACCCCACGGCUAAUUUCGAUCGGAACAUGUCCUUUUCGACAAGUUUUAACGAAGUGCAUUGUCAUAUUGUAGUUCCCAAUCCCAGAACCUUAUCCCUAAACCAAAUGGAUAAGCGAGGACGCAAACGUUUUAAAUUAUACCAGUUUGUAGCAUAUGUUUUAGAACAGUUAGGGUUGUAGCAUGCAAGGAAACGAAUCUUUCAUAUAACUUAAAUAAAGUGAAGAAGCACGUGAUUUACGCUAAGAAUACAUUAAAAAUAACUGUAAAAUAGUUCAUCAAAUAAACCAUUAACAACUUCUCACAUUUUAGGUAAGAAAAACACACCUCUUUAAGAAAAAGAACUCUAGUAAAAAUUGUAGAAAUAAGCGAGCAUUUAACUGACAUUUUCAAAUGUUUUAACGAAAUCCAAGUGAAAACCCAACAGUGAAUGUGCACGUAAAGAAAAACAAAACAAUCGAUUCUUUUGACAGUAUGUAUUUAACUUUAACCGACGCAAAGAAUGAUGCGAGUUUGUAUAAAUAAAACUGUUAAAUUGUUUCUCCACUUUGGCGUAAACGAUCUAGGUACGUGCUUCUGUGGUUAAGAACAGAAAAAAAAUUAUAACAAAAUAUCAGCAUACUGAGCGA